AUGGCCCCAGUCCAGCAGUAUUGGCUCCCAGGAUAUGGCCUCUCCCGCCACAUUGUCCUCGGCCACAUCCACUAUUUUCUCGGUCCGACGGCAUCUGUCCGGCCCUAUAGUUACCAGGAACAAAUCGAGGACUUGGCUACCAUGUCUCGAGAGUACGAGAAACAGGAAGCUUUGCGCAUGACGACUCAAAGCCUGACCACCAAUGGAAACAACAAUGGCAACGGGGUCUCUGCGUCCCGACAAUCCUCAGAACCCUACAUCAAUGAAUUGAUCCCGGUUGAAACCUCCCGGGCACGACGACAUCCUGAACCGGAGACCAGGGGUGGCCGUUGA